AUGGUUUCUGGACGUUUGACUUUGAUUGCACUUGCGUUCUUGGUUGUUCCAGGGCAGUCGCAGAGUUUGCUGAGCUUGUUGCCUCCUCAGCUUCAAUGUGAGUUGGGAAAAGUCAUCAUAAAUUUAUAGUACACAUCAUUGAUUACCUGCGAAGAAAAGGUUUGGAAAUGCUAGGGACAAAGAGCUCAGAAUUCUCUCUGAGUUUUGUAACACGAUAAACAAAGCAUACAGUUUCAUUACUGUAAAUUCUAGCCCCGGCGUUGCAAGGAUAGAUGAGAAUAUUUAACGAUCUUUUGUCAAAAAACACUCAAAUAACAGAAAACAUUUUUUGCUUGUUUACUUUCACUGGCGUAUCCACGCUUUGCUACAGUAAUAUAUACAGUAAAAUGCUGACUAAUGUUAUGUAAUUACAUUUCAGCUCUUCUCCCACCCUCGGCAAUCCCCCCACUUGCCGGCUUGACCCCUCGCGAUGUUCAAGUAGCCCAGGCCAUGUCCGCCCAAUUCAACCAGUUCACUUCUAUCCCGCAGCUCCUGAACACCUUGGCCAUCAACUCUCCAAACCUAGCAGCCUUGGUCAAUCAAGGUAUUGCUAAAGCCCAACAACAACUGGCUUUGACCAAAGCCAUGCUGUUGCCUCCAGCUCAACAGUUCAUGAGCAAUGUAAGCGAUAUUUUCGUUUUAAUUUUUUCUUUACAUUUUGAGGGAAGGGAAAAAAGGUUAUCGUGUACAAAGAAUCGGUUUUGUAGGAAGCCAGAGAAUUUUAUCAGGUGACUAUUGACGGUUAUUCCCAAAUCGUGAAACCUAUUAUUAGAUAGCACAAUUUGUUUACUAUGCCGCUAAAGUCUCCUGAGUUUCUUGAUUGAAACAUGCAUAGAAAAGGUUGCUAUGCAGAAACUGUGGUUGAGAAGUUGCUCUCCCAGUCUUGCAGCUACAGUGGCCCGCUUGGAAAAUAGUUUAACAUCCCAGAUGCAAAGCAUAAGCUAAACCGUUUCGGCAUUGGCCUAUUUAUAUGGUUCAUUUAUAAAUAGAAAUCUUCAAGAAAGUGGGACCGUCGUGGAUUGUUAUAAAAAUAUUUACUGUAUUAGACGCGAUUUAAGAAAGGCUUUUUUGGAAUUUUCUCAAGAACAUGUUGUCACAAGGCUCUAUUUAUUGGAAAAUAUUUUAUUCCAAUGAACUCAGAAGCAUCACUUUCACAAUAAAAAUUCCAUUUUCAGCUUGGCCUUAUCGGGCAAAACGCGGCUCUGCAGGCCUCCAACCUUCUCCAGGCCCAGACGCCACCAACCCAGGCCAAUCUUGCGUCCACCUUCCCAACCAUCUCCAGCCUUCUUCAAGCUCCACUGACUCAACAAAGUCUUCCCUUGUUGAUGCCUUCAUAA